CCAGUGGGAAGGGUGGGGACCGGCUGCCCCUCUUCCGCGGAAGCAGCGCUGUCCAGACGGGGCGAGUCGAGAUGCCCGGAAUUCCCGUGGAAGGGAGGUCCGCACAUCUUCACGUCGCCCACUUCGGAAAACCCAGCGCUCAGAAAAUGGCAGUUAAUGUGUAUUCCACCUCUGUGACGAGUGAUAACUUAAGUCGACAUGAUAUGCUCGCCUGGAUCAAUGAGUCUCUACAACUGAACUUAACAAAGAUAGAGCAACUUUGUUCAGGUGCUGCUUAUUGUCAGUUUAUGGACAUGCUCUUCCCAGGUUCUGUAACACUCAAGAAAGUGAAAUUCCAAGCAAAGUUGGAACAUGAAUACAUUCAGAAUUUCAAGGUCCUACAAGCAGGUUUUAAGCGAAUGGGUGUUGACAAAAUAAUACCUGUGGACAAAUUAGUAAAAGGAAAAUUCCAAGACAAUUUUGAAUUUGUUCAGUGGUUCAAAAAAUUCUUUGAUGCAAAUUAUGACGGGAAGGACUAUGAUCCUGUGGCAGCUCGGCAAGGCCAGGAGACGGCCCCGGCCCCGGCCCUCGUGGUCCCUCUGCUGAACAAGCCUAAGAAGAACCUUGGUUCUGGCGGCACGGCUCCAACGAGGCCCAUAGUAACGCAGAGAACAGCGGUGGCUAAUAAAUCAGGACCUGGAAUGGUUAAAAAGGCUCCUGCAGGCAUCGGAGAGGAUGAGUCAGCUGAGUUGAUACAGCAGAUCAAUGUAUUAAAGAUGACUGUCGAAGAUUUGGAAAAGGAACGAGAUUUCUACUUCGGAAAACUGAGGAACAUCGAGCUGAUUUGCCAGGAGAACGAAGGCGAGAGUGACCCGGUUCUGCAAAGGAUUGUGGAAAUACUUUAUGCUACAGAUGAAGGCUUUGUGAUACCAGAUGAAGGAGCCCCGCCAGAGGAGCAAGAGGAGUAUUAAUGGUCCACCUACUGUACCAGCAGAGCAGCAGCAGCAGAGUCAGAAGUCAGAAAUCUUUGCCCCAAUCAUGUGCUUAUCUGUAAAAUACUCCAUUUUAUUCUUAGAGGACUCACUGGUUUCUUUUCAAAAGUAAAAAAAAAAAAAAGUACCUCUCCAAGUGCACUUUGCGUAAGUUUUACUAUUUUCCCCCUUCCAAUGGGUUUUUUUUUGAGAGCUCUUUUCUCACUUUCAUAGCAGAACGGUAUUAACAUCUAUCUGGUGUAAUUUGGAAGCAAGAGGUUGAAUACUUGGAGUUUGCAGAGUUGCUUGGUUGCUGGUAAAGCACUGAUUUAUGGAGAAUUUGCAGUACGGUGUGUCUGGGGGAUGGGAGAGGCUAUGGAAUGGAGUAAUUUCAGUAUUGUCUUUUCUGCGGGAAGGUUGAGGAAAUGUGACAUGUGUUCUGUAGUGAAAGAGAUGCCUUAAAGGAGGCUUAAUAUGUGCUUCCAGAUGACAAAUUAAAGGAAUGCGAUGGGAGAUUUUAGGUGCUCUAAAAUGGGGUUAGAGCUUUCUUGUUUUGGAAGGAAUUGUUUGGCACCUCAGGCAAGUUGUAAGAGUUAAACAGAUCGGUGGCUGAAUGGAGUUGCCCACACGGCUGAUGUUGUUCUAGGAGAAAAUACUUUGGUUGCAAGACAGGAGUUGGUGUGAAGCAGGUGCCCGAAGCCCUCUUGCUUCUACUGUUACGGCCCACGGCCUGGUGUAUCUUCCAAACAAUAAGGUUCUCCUAACUCUCCACCUGAAUCUAGUUCCCCCUCUUGCCAGCUCCUGCUGUUGCAUCUCUGCUCCACUGAAUGCUGUGGGUUCUUCGGCUCCUCUCUGCACCCCUGCUUCCUCUGCUUCCAAGCCUGCUGACAGAACUAACUCUGAGGCUGUUGUCUAAAAGAACCCCUGUUGUUUUGGACAGUAGCUCCCAUCCUUCUCAACAAGCCAGGAUGUUAAGUAGGGAUUAUGGAACCGUACUCCUAAGGAUUCGAGAGAGCACCUGGUCCUGGUGCUCCACUUGCUCGAAUGGACCUUCUAGUUUGUUUGCAGCCCGCGCUGAGAGCCGCCUGGGUGAGCAGAGCACGUCCGGUUGCAGGGGCCAUCCUUGAGUCAUCAGUGCUGGUGCUGCAGAUUACUAGGGAAAAAAGAUAAAUUUGCGCAUUAAAUAGGCAAGCCGAUAUUGCAGACGAUAGAGUGCUCCGAUGAAUUUUGAUUAUUACAGUAUUCUGUGCUUGACCCCCUCCCCCUCUUGUGUGGAGCAAACCUCAUAUUUCUCUUCCCAAUGGCUGCUCUUUGGGGAGGGGGCUUUUAGAGGUUUGCCUGCAGCCACAGCAAAGACUAAGCUUUCGGCUUGGUGUGUUCUUUGUUCGUUUGCUUCCGGUGGUUGUGUGUCCUCGAUGUGUGUAGAAAGCAGAGUUAUGGUAACUGUUGUGUAGUGCAUGAUUCCUUAUGAAAAUUCAGCGGAAGACCCACGUUCAAUGAAUGCCAAAAACGAAAGAAGGAAAGAAAGAAAGAAAAGAAAGCCAUUAUUUAAAACAUCAGAGGUGCUAUUUCUCUUGUGGCCUUCUAGAUACUUGUUGCCCUAAAUGAUAUUCAAACCAGACUCCUCUUGACAGGGUUUUUUCUACUUUUAAACAGUUUCUAAAUAAAGUUCUGUUAUUUCAAGAAA